AUGGCGCCGCGGCGCCUCCUGCUGCUGCUGCUGCUCUUGCUGGAGUCCCUGGAAUUGCUGCCCGGCGCCCGUGGCGCUCGCGGCCGCGCCGCCAACCGGACCCUGAGCGCCGGCGCAGCUGCCGUCGGGGGCCGGCGUUCCGGGGGCGCCCUGGCCCGGGGCGGCCGCGAGCUGAACGGCACCGCCCGGGCGCCCGGUGUCCCGGAGGCGGGGAGCCGGCGAGAACAGUCCGCGGCGGCAGUGGCGGCGGCCAGCGCGGCCGUCACCUACGAGACGUGCUGGGGCUACUACGACGUGAGCGGCCAGUACGACAAGGAGUUCGCGUGUAACAACAGCGAGAGCGGCUACCUGUACUGCUGCGGCACCUGCUACUACCGCUUCUGCUGCAAGAAGCGCCAUGAGAAGCUGGAUCAGCGCCAGUGCAACAACUACCAGAGCCCGGUGUGGGUACAGACGCCCAGCACCAAGGUGGUGUCGCCGGGGCCCGAGAACAAGUACGACCCGGAGAAGGACAAGACCAACUUCACCGUCUACAUCACCUGCGGGGUGAUCGCCUUCGUCAUCGUGGCCGGCGUCUUCGCCAAGGUCUCCUACGACAAGGCCCACCGCCCUCCGCGGGAGAUGAACAUCCACAGGGCUCUGGCCGACAUCCUGAGACAACAGGGACCAAUCCCCAUAGCACACUGUGAAAGAGAAACGAUCUCGGCUAUCGAUACCUCCCCCAAAGAGAACACGCCGGUCAGGUCGUCCUCCAAAAACCACUACACUCCCGUGCGCACGGCCAAGCCGACCCCAGGACAUUAUGGGAAGGAUGCUUACCGAAGUGGAGGAGCUGAUCUCCAUAACUUCAUCUCAUCUGGAUUUGUCACAUUAGGAAGAGGACACACGAAGGAAAAGCCACGGAUGAACAACAUCCUGACAUCAGCCACUGAGCCCUAUGACCUGUCCUUCUCCCGCUCCUUCCAGAACUUGGCCCACCUGCCCCCGUCCUAUGAGUCUGCAGUGAAGUCCCACCCCAGCAAGUACUCAUCCCUGAAGCGGCUAACCGACAAGGAGGCCGAUGAGUAUUACAUGAGGAGGCGGCACCUGCCGGACCUGGCGGCCCGCGGCACCCUCCCCCUCAACGUCAUCCAGAUGUCCCAACAGAAGCCCUUGCCUCGAGAGAGGCCCCGGCGGCCCAUCCGGGCCAUGUCGCAGGACAGGGUGCUGUCCCCUGUGCGGGGCCUGCCUGAUGAGUUCGGCAUGCCCUUCGACCGCAUCCUGUCGGACGAGCAGCUGCUGUCCACGGAGCGCCUGCACUCCCAGGACCCGCUGCUGUCCCCCGAGCGGACGGCCUUCCCCGAGCAGGCCCUGUCCAGGGCGCUCUCACACACGGACGUCUUUGUGUCCACACCCAUGCUGGAACGCUACCGCAUGACCAAGAUGCACUCCCAUCCCAGUGCCUCCAGUAACUCCUACGCCACACUGGGCCAGAGCCAGACGGCGGCCAAGCGCCAGGCCUUCGCCUCGCGCAGACACAACACAGUGGAGCAGCUGCACUAUAUCCCCGGCCACCACACCUGCUACUCAGCCAGCAAGACCGAAGUGACCGUGUGACUGCCUGGACAGGGCCAGGCGCCUGGUGGGGCAGGGCCGGGGCAGGAGGGGCCCGGAGCGGAGCUUAUAGCCCCGUGUCUCCCUUUCCUUGGCCUCUCUGCAGAAGGGGGGGGUGGGCUCUCUUUGCCCAGAAAGCCAUACUCCCCGGACGCAGCCCAGUGGUCUGGCACAGCGCGCUCAGACUGGGAUCUAGAGCAAUCACUCGCUGUCCCAGAAGAGUCAAGGGGAGUGAGCAGAGGGGCUAGGCCAGCCUCACCCCCGCCACCAUCCCCAACUCCCUUUCAGUUCCAUGUCCUCUCUCCCUUUCCUGGGCUCAGCUGCAGGUCUGUCAGCCAAGAGUCCCUGGCCCGACCCUGGUCCGAAGCUGCCUGGGUUUGAGUGGGCCAGCAGGUGCAGUCAACGGGCUGACAGAGCAGGCUACUCGGUCUCAUUCAUUUACCUAGAACCGCAUCACGGGAAUCUUCUAGUGCCUAAAAACUGCCCGCUCGCUCUCAGAGACAGGGAGCUGCUGUGUCCAUAAGCACAACAAUGAUCUCUUCUGCCAGCUGGAACUGUCCUGUCCCCACUGAGCCACCGUUCUUCUGCUGACCCCUCGAGGAUCCCCCUGGCCCCCCUGCCCCAAGCCAAGGGAAGGAAGGACUCCCUUCCUUCCUCUGCCUCCCCACCGUUGAGAACCCUGCCCAGUUCCAGCUGGCACCCCACCCACAAGGUCCCCUUGGCCCACUUGUGAGGGACUUUGCCCCUCCCCAGCCCUAGGUGUUGCACCCCUGACUUCCCUGGGGCUUUUCUCCGGCCCUCUCAGAAGAGAGUACCGAGGAGGUACACGGACUUUUGGGACGCCCUCUCCAGAAACCUGAUUAUCUCCACACUUCCUCCAGGCCUCUAGGUCUGAACGAAGACCCGCCACUCAGGCCUGCCUUCCCCUCCCCUACUCUGCCCCUAGAGGCAUCUGCCCGCUGCCAGAGCGCUGCAGGUGGGGAGGCCACUGUGAUGCCCUAAGUCUCAGGGGCUCGCCAUUCCUGUCACCCAGGGCUCCACCUGUGCCCCGCCGCGCAUGCCAGGCAGGAUGGAGGCAGAGGCUUCUCAAGACGGGCAGCCCAGCCCUCAAUCCAGGAGGGCCCGAGGCGGCUGUCCUGCACCAUGUCCACUCCUCUCUCCCCAUCACUGCCCACCUCCCCUGGCCCCUUCUUGGUUUAGAAUUCUCUCUCUCUGCCUGUUUCCCCUUCCCCUAUUUCCGGUCCUCCUGCAGCUCCAUUUUCUCGCCUUCAGACCAGUGGCUCCUCUGGAUCACAGAGACAGAGACCCAUUAGCAAAGGCAAAUAAUGGUACUCCAGGCUUCCGGUCUGGGCGCUAACUGAGCAGCCCCCCAGUCUCUCCCCUGCAGGGGACACUAGGGCAUCAGGCAGAUGAAUCCCCUCAGCUCUCCUGAGGGGCGUGGGCAGCCCCUGCCAGCUUAUCUCAGCCCCUUCCUUGCCUCUAACAGUGGGGCGGGGCAGGAUAGGACAGCCCUGGAGCGUGGACAGCGAGCUAUACUCCCUCAAGACCAGAGCCAGGCAGGGAGAGGAGGGGGUCCCCUACUCCCAGGGCCAGGGCGCCUUCCCGGGCCGGGGCUGGGGCAUUCAGCUCCGAACUAUUGGGCAAAGGUAUGAUACUAAAAAGGUGACUCGCCAAAGUCAGACUCCGGAAACAAUGACCGUGAACUGGGAUUUUAGAUCCCCCAGUUCUGCAUCUACUAUGUAUGGCCCUUUAAAAGGGAGGUGGGGAUGGGGCAGGGAGAACUUCCCAGUGUCAGUCCUGGGAAUUUUUAGUCUAACCAAGUUCACAGUCCACAGAGGAAUCAAUCGACGGAUUCCUCUUACUUAUUUCAAGAAUUCCAAAGCUCUUGUCUCCCCGCCUCCCCCAAGGCCCACCACCCCAUAAUCAUGAGGGUAUUAAGGCUCAGGGUGAUGAACACAGCCCUCAGCUUCCCCGCUGGGGUGGCAUCACUGGCACUGUGAGGCUGUGAGAACAGGGAUAAUUCUGUCCAUUUUCCUCCCCUACAAAUACAUAAACCUUCUCAAGGGCUGGUCCCAGGGGUUUAUGGGAGUUUGUUCCAGAGGGGAGGCUAAGAAGGUUGGGCCAGAGGAAAUCAACCUAAAGAGAGCAGUUGGCCACUCCCAGAAACAACGGUGUGUCUGUCAGAGCUGGUCCCCUAAACCUGCUGCCCUCUAGCCCAGCCCUGGCCGGCCCUCUUGUAGGCUGCCUAUUGGUGCAGCGGGGAAAGGACGUGGGUCUGUGAGAAUGCCCUCCCUGGCUGUCUAGACACACAUUCACUCCAAACCAGAAACCUGAUCUCAUCGUUCUCGUUUUGUAUGAGAAACUUGUUCUUGGCACCAAGUUCUCCAGCCCUCAGGAUGACGCUUCUGCUGGGCCCUGUCUUUCUGUCUCAGGGGUUGUUUAAUAAGUUACUUCCAAAAUAUUUCUCAUCCCAGCCUUACUGCUAUCCAGUGUAAAACCUUCUGCUGCCAGUCAGCGCAGAAAAUUCCACCUGAACCCUUACUUUUUAAAAAUGAUUCUUCUGCUUCACCCCUGGGUCUGGAAGGAAGGGAAGGAAGGCGGGAGGAAGGGAGGGAAGAGAAACAGAGAAGUCUACAAACUUGUUCCAAUUCAGUUCCUUAUUUCAAAAUCCAUAACAUUAUGUCUUAACUAGAACAUAGACGUCUCUCAUUUAUGCAGCCGGCCCGCCCGUGUUUGUGGAACAAAGCCACAUUACUAGGCAAGUGCACGCAGCAGGUAGGAGAGGGUUCUGGGACUGGAACCUAGAUUUCAUCCCCCCUGGUGGGGGCUUCCAGCCCCAUCAGGCCCUUCCCCACAAUGGAAGGCCCCCUUCCCCGGCAAGGGAAGCCCAGGACGUUUCUCUGCUUGUUCUUUGUGCGGGCCUCCGGUGACCUGACUAGAAUACACUGGGAUCCACACAGGUUCUCUUCUGCCCAGUCUCCUUGGCCUUGGAUGACAGCGAAGACCUCACAAUCCCUCAUGCCCUUCCACCUCUCCUAUCUUGUUCCUCCAGUUCACUCUUGACUCCAUGACUUCGAACAUCACAAAGGCUUUCCCAAGAAUUCUUUUAACCCCCUAACUGGGCUUGCCAGUGUCUUGAGAGGUGGGUUUUCCUUCAACAGAGUUCCAAUCCUUUCCCUUAAUUCAAAUUUCUCCUUCCCUUUUUUCCACUCUCCCACCCCAAAACUCUUGUCGUAACCUCAAGUCUUUUAGGCCAGUUCAGUCUUUCCUUCCUCUCAUCUCCCGGGCUUUGCCCUCCCCCUCAACUUACCUGUCUCCAUCCCUAAUUUAUUUUCCUCGGUCUUCCUAUAUUCUCUCUAGUUUUAACACUUAGAGCUUUCAACAGAAACAUUCAA